CAGAUUGUCCUUAUCCAAUCGCUUAUAGCCUCACUUUCCUCUAUGGGUCGUAUCGGUUAUCUUCGGUUCUGAAGUCUUGGCCGUGUAACAACUAGUCACAGCUAACUUUGGUAUGACAGGCAAAUAUAAUUCUCACUAUCUCUAUGGAAGUGGUACACUGGAGCAAGGGUGUGGCACCUAUACACUCGAGGUCCAGGGAGAGCCUCGUACCGAACUGAAGUGUGCUGGUGCUCAGGACAAUCCUCUCAAUAACUACAUAUAUCGAGACGCGGCGUUAGACGCCAUAGGGAAUUUUUGCAAGGCCCAAGAUGGAAAAGUCGUCAAGGAAGGCGAUGAGGGCAGUUUCAUUGAGGAGACCACCUUCUCAAUCCGAUACACCGACUCUUGUAUGGGAAGCGGGUCAUACACGGUAAAGCAUGAUUAUUGUGUCAAAUACCUUACCCAAGCUCUCGACAGUUGCGACACCGACACGAUCGUGUACAAGCAUGGCGGCAUUCUCAAAGACACAGAUAACUGCGGGUUCUUCGAACUUCACCCGAAAGGCUAUGAUAAAGUGGCCUGUUACCCCGAGAAUAAAGAAAAGGGCUAUAUCACGGAUACCAGGGAGCACUUGACCGUCACUCAAGAAAUGGCGCAAGAUGCCAUCAACACCUUCUGCGAUCGCUCCGGCAACGGACAGCAGUAUACCCUGUACCCUGAUUUCCAGCCCAGUGGCUUCGUACAGGACACAUGUAAGGAGAAAGGCUACGCUGCCUGUAACUACUCCUACCGCAAAGAUGGUAAACGGACAACCAGAGGCGACACAGGAGAUGUUGUUAUUCGUCUUGAAGCCUUCCACAGCAACUUUGGUAACCAGCUUACGUGUGGUCCUAAUCAAGUUUAUGAAAUCCAUGGCGAAAGAUGCAAACAAAUGCUGGGCAAAUUCAUUGGAACAGAGUCUGUCAGCGAAUGCGUAAAUGACAAGAGCAAGUUGGACCUCGGAUCUUUUAUCGAGUCGGGUGAUAAGGGGUGCGUGGUGUGGAAUAUGUGGGCGAUCAAUCCGCACUGAGGAGCGCCCUUAGCAGACUGUGAUGAAUCCGAGUCUAACGAUUUAGUUGUAAAAUGUCGUGAUGCGUCUGCUAACAAAAUAUUAUACCAGUACUUGUCGAUAUAUUAUAGAUGAGUGAAUCUAGAGUACUACAUAACUUAUUGAUUUUCAGAGUAUAAUACAUAACGGCUCAUUGAAUAAUUACCUACUUAGAUAGAUAGGCCAUCAUGUACGUACAAAGUCAUCAAAUGAUCCAAGGGGCGGGGUAAGCAUUCAGCGGUUAAUGAUAGUAAGUUACUUCAGCAGCGGUUGAUGGAAGCAUAGUGUGACGGUCAUGAGGACUCUCCCCGCGCAAUCAAAUGCUGCUUAUGGCUCAUUGUAAUAGUUCUAGAGGAAGCAGCAGAAUUACUACUCUCAGGGAUUCACAUGAUGGGACACUCUUUCAAGCUGUCCUCACAAGUUUACCUUACUUAAACCCUACCUAGGCAUGAUUCCGCCUCAUCCCCUCUGAUGAUCAAUUAGUUUGCACUCAAUGGCCAAUUAUGACCCGGACGAUUUCGUAAUAGCUCCCCAAACCGGCGCGUGCAGGG